AAAAAAAAAAAAAAACAACUCUCACAUAAAUCCACCUCUGCUCGCACACGCUCUCGCGUAUAUAUCCCAAGACUUUCCUUCGUUUUCUUCUUCCGUCCUGGUUUAUUUUAUCACUGCGUGUUCAUUCGCAGCACCGACACCAGCAUCCUCCCCCGGCCCCCGCCCGCCCCCCGGCUGGGCCUUUAGUGCUCGCUGCUCUGUCUGUCUUUGUCUGAUUUGGACGUGUCGAUCCUGGACCGAUAGCAGGAUCUUCCUGUUUUUCCAUACCGUCCAGCACGCACUGCUCCCUACCCGUAAUCCACAUCAUUUGUCCGGCACAAACAUACGGCGCAAUCAUUCACGCGUGCCGACCAGAUACUUCGCAGAGGCAAUUUGCAAGCCAAGACGCUUCUCGAUCUCUCGUUCAGUGGAGCGACGUCUCCAGCACCGGCGCUGUGCGACUGGCCUGGCUCGACCGUCCUCGACCGGAGAAUGGUUCAUAACAACUGGCUGCGACCAAAAACCUCGUCCGGCCUUCCCAACAACGAUUCCUCCGGCACCCUGAAUCCGACUUCGUCUUCUUCCACUGCUCGUCAUACGCCGUCGUUGUCGUCUCCGUUGGCUCGGCCCCCCUCGGACGCUCCCGCGAUCGCAACGAGCCUGAGCAACGCAGCAACCUCGAGCUCAGCCUCAUAUCCAGCACCGUCCUGCGCAAACGCAAGGAAUCCCGGCUUGAAGACUCGCCGUUCCACACACGAGUUUUUCCACAGCGCCAGAGACACGUCAGCAGUCGCCGUAUUCUCGCGACCCAGACCGUCGUCCUCGUACCUGCUGUCCUCCUUCUCUGUGAGCGGCAGCGGUGGCGUGGAUGCAAACCAGCACCAGCAGGGUCCACAGGCUCAACCGCAGCGAAACAGAUUCAAGGCUGGCAUCGAAGAGGCGAGGGGAGCUUUCAGUGCAAUGGCGCGCAAGGCACUUCAGGGCAACGGCAGGGACAUGCGACCCGUCGAGCGGUUGAGCACGCACGACUCGUUCGCCGCAAGCGGCAGCAGUGCCGCUUCAAGUCCAGUGAACGCAGCGUCGAGCAUCAAUCCGACGGCGAGCUUGAAUUCGAUGUCCAACACGCUGGCCUCGACGCCGUCCGCGAGGAGCACCGCGUCUGUCUCCUCAUCUCUUCCGCGGGUCCCGCAGCACAAUGGCAGUGGCAGCAUCAGUAGUAAUAAUGGCAGCAGCAGUAGGGGAAUCAGGCGAUUCAAGAGUCUGCGGGACAAAGCUCAUCCGAGGCGUGUGUUUUACUCGCUCGUCAGAGAGCACGCGACGACACAGAAUCACCACGACGAGGAUACACACAUGGGUGACGCACCGUCAUUUUACGUUGAAACCCCUGAACAGCUUCAGCACAGCUUGCUGACCGUGGCUCCGCAUCCGUGGCACAGUAUGGCUCCCGGAUCCGCGGCUCGCGCUGCGGCCGCAGAGCACAAUCACAACAAGCUGUCUUUGCAUCAGCAUCAUGGCAUGGUUGAUUCUACAUUUCCAGAGGCGACACCACACAUACAUCAACAUCAACACCACCAUCUGUAUCCACACGACCUAUCGGACGAGGAGAUGUCGGAUGACAUUGACAUGCGCGUGCCAAAGAAGCGGAAGGGCGGCAAGGGCAAGUUCUCGCCCAUUGCAGAGGACAUUGACAUGUUGUAUGCGGGCUAUGACUCCAUGGAAGCGGACAAUGGGCUCGACGAGUUCACGGAUCGCAGGCGGUCUAAGCCGCCAGCAAGGACAGACCUUGUUGGCAAAUUGCCUACCGAAAUCGCAGCCGGCAUACUCUCCUAUCUCGACGACACCGCCCUGACACGUUGCAUGCGUGUUUCAAGGCGGUGGAAUGAGGUUGCCGGAUCGGCAGCUGUCUGGCGCUCCUCUUUCUUAGGCCGAUACGCUCGAGCCGAUGACAACGUACUGCCAUACAUUCAGUUCGGCGGCCAGGGCCUCGGACGGCGGCCCAACGAACCGCAGGAGUGGAAGAAGAUGUGCGCCGCCAGACGAAAGGUGGAGAAGAACUGGAAGACCAUGCAGCCCAAAGCCAUAUACUUUGUCGGCCACACGGACAGCGUGUACUGCUGCCAGUUCGACGAAGACAAGAUAAUCACAGGCUCAAGGGACAGAACGAUCCGUGUGUGGGACCUGAAUGCCCCGUACAGGUGCCGCAAGGUCAUAGGCGGCCCCGCCGCUCGACCAGUUCGCCCUGCUUCGGACGCCACGCUCGAAACACAUCCAACAAACACGGUCCAUCAGACACGCAGCCUGAAUGGCACACCCGAAGGCGACGCCAUCUUCCACAUUCCCUCUGACUACCAUACGGCAUCGAUCCUAUGCCUGCAGUUCGACAAGGAGAUCAUGGUCACCGGCUCGUCAGAUCAUUCCUGUAUCGUGUGGGAUAUCAACACAUUUGAGCCUAUUCGCAGGCUGCACCAUCACACGGCGGGCGUGCUGGACGUGUGCAUGGACGACCGGUAUAUCAUCUCUUGCUCCAAGGAUGCGCACAUCUGCGUGUGGGACCGCAAGACAUUUACGCUAAUCAAGGCCUUGCACGGCCACCGAGGGCCUGUCAACGCGGUCCAACUGCGCGAGAUUGAUGGCCGCAAGCUUCUCGUCUCGGCCUCGGGCGACGGGCUCGCCAAGAUCUGGGAUCUGCAGAAGUUGGAAGUUAUCAAGCAAUUCAACAGCCAGGACCGCGGCCUCGCAGCGGUUGAGUUCUCUGACGAUGGUCGGUACGUCCUCGCGGGCGGCAACGAUCAAGUCAUCUACAAGUUCGACGCCAACACGACGGAGCUGGUGCACACGUUCCGAGGCCACAACUCGCUCGUGCGUUCACUGUUCCUCGACUCUGCCAACGGCCGGAUCGUCUCUGGCUCUUAUGACCAAGGCAUUCGCGUGUAUGACUUCCACUCGGGCGAGCUUAUCGGUUCGUACGACAACUGGACUACAAGUUGGAUCCUGGCCGCCAAGGGUGACUACCGUCGCAUCGUUGCCACGAGCCAGGACGGACGCGCUCUGCUAAUGGACUAUGGCUGGGGGGUUCCAGACGUGGAGCUUCUGAGCGGCAGGGAAUGACCACCAAUUCCGCCAAGGGUGAGCGCCGACUCGAGUUCGUACGCGAUGUCGCUUGUCUCCGCAACGGGGACAGUUUCGCCACUGCAUUAAUCAGUGGAUGGCGAGGGCUUGAUUUUAAAUGCGAAGGAAAGUAGGAAACGAGUGGAUAUGAAGAGAGCAGCAUCCCCGAACGCUGUGAGGAAAAACUUCCCUACUGUCAUCAUCAUCAUUGAUCAUCAGCGACAUCGACAUCAUCAUAACUUUCCUUGCCUUCAUCACUUCAUGAGCAUGUUGCAUAGCGAUCUGCAUCUUGUCCUUUGAACUUUUGCUUGCUAAUUGAGUCCCCGAAUGCUGUCCUUUUUUCUCGUCAAAGAGUUCCGAUACACACAUACACACAUACACACAUACACAAGAGAGCAAACAUAGCGUCUUGGAGCGCACAGGCUUACUCAUCAUGUUUUUGUUUGGUUUGGUUUGGUUUGGCUUUUGCAAUUCGGUCGACGCAUGGCUACCGUAGAGCCUCCGACCAAGCUUAGAUUGUAACGACAUAUCUAAAGUGAAUUUAAUUCCCGUUUCUGAUCCACCUGCAAGCAUGUAAUUCCUCACGUGCCCUUGUUUAGUGUUGACACGUCG